UCGUUCCCCCACAUUCAGUCAAGCAUCCUGAGAUUGCUGGUACUAUUUAAAAGGAUAUUCUUACUAAAAGAGCCGCAACCAAGAAUACUACUGAGGCAAAGACACAGCACUGAGGAAAGUUUGACUUUGACCUGAAAACAAUUUACUACAAAAGAUAUGAUCACGUGGGCUGUUCAUCUUUGUGUUUGUCUAAAUGUCAUCUCAGCAUCACAUGAUUACGUGUAUGAUGACAACUCUUUCCAAGACCCAGAAGAUGUGUUAAGUGUGAAUAUACCUCUACCAGACCCACAGCGGCCGCUACUUGGAGGGACAUUAAUACUUCCGUGCAACUUUGAGGACCGCACAGUUCCAGACCCAGGAGCACCCAACAUUUUUCCUCUUUCUUACCGCAUCAAAUGGAGUCUAAUUACCAAGGAAAAGGUCUCGACAAUUUUAGUUGCGUCAGAGGGAGAGGUGCGCAUCAGUCAGAACUACCUAGACAGGGUUCAUCUGGUCAGCUAUCCUUUGACUCCAACAGAUGCCAGUAUCAAAAUAUCUGAGCUAAGGGCCAGUGAAUCUGGAGUCUACCGCUGUGAGGUUCAACAAGGGAUUGAGGACAAUCAUGAUGAUGUGCAUGUAAAGGUGCUAGGUGUCGUUUUCCACUAUCGGCCCAUUAUUGGUCGCUACAUGAUGACUUUUGAAAAGGCUUUAGAUGCAUGCACCCAGAACAGUGCAGUCAUGGCUUCACCUGCACAACUCCAAGCGGCCUUUGAUGAUGGAUACCAUCAGUGUGAUGCUGGUUGGCUUUCUGAUAAGACAGUGAGGUACCCAAUUCAUGAGCCUCGCGUCAAUUGUUAUGGUGACAAAGAAAAUGUCCCUGGAGUCAGGACAUAUGGAGUAAGACAGCUCAACGAGACUUAUGACGUGUACUGCUUUGCUGAAAAAAUGAAAGGGCGGGUUUUCUACACCACAUCAGCAGAAAAGUUCACUUUCUCUCAGGCUGCGCAGGCAUGUUCCACAAAGGGAGCCAGUCUGGCCACUACUGGUCAGCUUAAUUUGGCCUGGCAGGGUGGGAUGGAUGUCUGCAAUGCUGGUUGGCUCAGUGACAGAAGCGUACGCUACCCCAUCAAUAUUCGGCGGCCACAGUGUGGAGGGGGGCUUGUAGGGGUGCAAACUGUUUACCUCCACACAAAUCAGACUGGAUAUCCUCUUCUUGAGACUCAUUAUGAUGCCUUCUGCUACACAGAGUUCCCUGAGGAGGAAGGUUCUGGAAUAAUAGAUGAAGGAAGCAGCGUAUUGAGUUUUACCCCAGUGACUCAAAGCCAAGAGAUUUUCUUUGGGAGUGGUACAACUGAGGGUGAGGUGACCGGGGAGGUGGAGACCCAACAACCAACCAUGGAUUUCAGCUAUACACUAAAUCCCACUGAGCUACCGCUGCUUCAACCUCCUAACAUCACACAGCAUCCACUUGAAAAAAUCGACCAGGUCACUUUGCAGUCCAACACAGGCAAUGAGGCAGGCAAAGUGGUUGUGAAACCUCCAACUGGUGUGGUCUUUCACUACCGCUCACAAUCUGGCCGUUAUGCCUUCACAUUUACUGAUGCCCAGUUGGCCUGUCAGAGUAUUGGCGCAUCCAUUGCUACUCCUGAGCAGCUACAAAUGGCAUAUGAAACUGGAUAUCACCAAUGUGAUGCAGGGUGGUUGAUGGACCAGACAGUCAGGUACCCGAUUGUUUCACCUCGCGAAAAGUGCGCAGGAGAUUUAGGAGAUCAACCUGGAGUUCGGUCCUAUGGUCUGAGACCUGCAGAUGAACAGUAUGAUGCUUAUUGCUACAUUGAUGGGCUUAAAGGUCAAGUUUUCCAUCUGGGCUCCGAUGAGGGAUUCACCUAUGAUGAGGCAGCUAUUCGCUGUUUUGAGCAGAAUGCCAGCCUGGCCACAACGGCAGAGCUCAAUGCAGCUUGGAAACAGGGUUUCGACAAGUGUCGUGCUGGUUGGCUCAGUGAUCGCAGUGUCCGUUACGCCAUCAGUAACCUUCAUGCUAAGUGCGGAGCAGAAAAAUUAGGAGUACACACUUUUUACACACAUCCCAACCAGACAGGCCCAGAUAUUCAUGACAGAUUUGAUGCAUAUUGUUUCAGAGCUGAUAUUUUAUUUAUUGCUAAUGAAACUGGACUAAACAUCACAGAUAUCAAGAAAGUCCUUCUCAAUUUAACAGCCAUCACAGAAUUAGUAAGACAUGUGGUUACACCAAUUGUAACGCCAAUCCUUGUGGAAUCCCCAGACUCUGGUUCAGGUUCAACACAUUUUGGAUCAGGCUCUUUUGUUGAUAAAACCUCCGGAGACCUGUCCGGGUCUGGUGAACAAGUUACAUCUGGAGAUGGAAUGUCUGAAUCUGGAGUCCAUCUGACCUCUGUAGACUUGUCUGUAUCAGAGGACAGUGGCGUCUCAGGAAACCUGCCUGGCUCUGAAAAUAGGUUUAUAUCUGGAUAUGGGUCAGGCUUUGGACGCCUGUCUGGUUCUGGAAACCAGGGCACCUCUGGAGACCUGUCAGACUUUGGCAGCCUAUCUGGGUCUGGAGACAACCUUAUACUCGAAGAAUUGUCUGGUUCUGGGUACCCGUUUGGUUCUGGAGAUGAGUCUAUGUCUGGACACAUGGAUGGCAGGACAGAGGCUGAUUCUUCUGGGUCAGGGAUCAUCGGAGAAAAAAGAAUCACUGCUGUUUUGUUUUCAAACAGUGACACUAUUCUAUCAGGAGUCGGUGGGAGAAGAAUUGCAGAGGGUUUCCAAAAGGCAGAAGAGGCAAGCACAGAAAUUCUUAUGAAUUUUUCAGAGAUAGAUUCAGGUUUGCUUAGUGGCAGUGGAGAACUUUCUGUGUCUGCGACGGGUCCCGGUUUUAACCGUGUAGAAAGUGGUCAGUUCUCUGGCAUGUCAUCUGGUCUCAUCAACACUCAGGAUUUUUCUGGUUUCAGUGGUGUCACAGCAGGGUUUUCCGAUACAGGAAGUGCAAGUGGACAAUCUGGGCAUAUUCAAGGAUCUGGAGAUGCUCAGCUCUUGCUGAUAAAUAAUGAAUUGGUUGAUAUGUCUGCUCCUAUCACCCAAAAAGAGUAUGAGCUGGGAGCUGGCCAACUGGUUUCCAGUGACUCGAGGGACAGCGAUGGGAAGCUCAGUGAUGACAUGAAUGGUUCAGCUUCUGGAAGUGGCUCUGUUUUCUUCUCAGGUGUGACUUUCGAUGGAUCAGGGUUCACUGACCUAAUGAAGUCAUCAUCUGGAGAACAAGAAGCCUCGAGCUACAUCACUGAAGAGGCCAGUGGUGAACUUAUGUCAGGAUUUAGUUCCUAUGAGAUCCUACCUGGGUCUAGAAUGUCUGGAGAAGAUGAACAUGUUAUAUUUGUGCCUGAAGAUGUUAAAACAGGGGUUUCGAGAAACCAGACGUUGUCCAAGGAGUUUCAACAAUGGACUGUGGAAUACAGUGGAGAAGAAAUCAACAUCAGUGGCAAUGGCUUGCACAAUGAGAGUAGAGAUGCCAAAAUGUCAAAUUCUUCAGAAAUUCCAUUUGGAGAGCCAUCACAGGUUAUGCCAUCACCAUCUUCCGAGUGGACAUUGAUAGAGACCGCCAAAGUGACUGAUGUUACAAAGAAUAUCUCCUGGGCUCUUGUCUCUGAGCUUGCCCCAGCUGGACUGUCUUCUUAUACCAACAUUGUUCCCCCUGUUAAUGGAAGUUACGAAGAUGCUGCCAACAUUGUUCCGCCUCUUAAUGGAAGUCAUGAAGCUGAUGCCAACAUUGUUCCACCUGUUACUGGAAGUCACGAGGAUGCUGAAGACGUUCAGGGUGACUCUGAUCUAUGUAAACCAAGCCGAUGUGGAGCAGCUUUGUGCACUGUCGAAAAUGGGUUUGCUAUCUGCCAUGAGUUAGAUGUUUGCCACUCCAAUCCAUGUGCCAAUGGAGCCACCUGUGUGGAGAAUGCAGACUCUUACAAAUGCUUAUGCCUGCCAAGCUACGGAGGGGAGCGCUGUGAGAUCGAUGAGCAGCAGUGUGAAAAGGGUUGGAUAAAGUUUCAGGGGAACUGUUACCUGCACUUCACUGAUCGAGAGAUGUGGCUAGAUGCUGAGCAACACUGCCGGGACCUAAAUGCACAUCUGGUCAGCAUCAUCACACCAGAGGAGCAACAUUUUGUCAAUUCAAAUGCACAAGACUAUCAGUGGAUUGGACUGAAUGACAAGACAGUAGAAAAGGACUUCCGCUGGACUGAUGGAACGCCACUGCAAUAUGAAAACUGGAAGCCAAAUCAGCCAGAUAAUUACUUUAACUCUGGAGAAGACUGCGUGGUGAUGAUCUGGCAUGACAAGGGCCAGUGGAAUGAUGUGCCUUGCAACUACCAUCUACCAUUUACUUGCAAAAAAGGCCCAGUGUCUUGUGGUGCCCCUCCCGAGGUGGAGAAUGCCCACAUGUAUGGUAAGAGGAGAGAGGAAUACCCAGUGAACUCAAUCGUCCGGUAUCAAUGCAACCCAGGCUUCACACAGCGUCACUUACCAGUGGUUCGCUGUAAAGCAGACGGACAGUGGGAGAAACCACAAGUGAAAUGUUCUGAAGUCAAAGCAAGACAAAGAAUACGCAAGAGAGGCAACAGAAGUCCAGUUGAAUCAACCAUCAACAGUAACUUUCAUGAGUAAAGAAUAUUUUCAUCACCCAAAGAUCUGUUUUAAUAUAUUUUGAUCAUAUUUGAUCACAUUUGAUUGAAUUUGUCUUUAUUAAUUGUAAUAUUUCCUGGUGAAUUCCUCGUGGGGAUUUUUUUAAAGGACUUUUAAGAUUUAAAGACAUGUUUCUCCACCACAGAUGAAUUCUUGAUAUGAAUAUUAGAAAUGUUAUUUAUACAAAAUUCAAGGUAAUAAUCGCACAAAUGUUAAUUUUGAGUUUCAUCGUGUCUGCUGCACUGAGCCAGAUAUUACCAGACACGAGAAUUUUAAAGAGGCACUAAAGUCAUUUUCUGAUAUUUUAAACUGUUUCAUGUAUAAGAGUGUGCCCUAGUUGUUGUGUGCUAUCUGGUAGUUUGUUUUUGCAAGUAAAUUCAUUCAGCGAAUGGUAGGUUUUGAAUUUUGUCACAGUAUGACAUCACACCGUGCCAUAUUACACAAGUACUUGCCCUCUUUGUUCUUCCUCUAUGCCCACUAGUAUCGGGAGCGCAUAGGAGGCAGGCAAGCAUGUCACAUCAUUGUGGUUUUAAACUGUGCUGUAUCAAGUAUACAUUAGAUGAUUAAAACAGUAUUGA